ACAGCUGCACAGGCGCCGCCCCUGGUCACGUGGCCCGCUGCCCCGCCACCGCCUUGGACGCCGGGAGUUGUAGUGUUUCUGUGGCGCGGCCUCCAUUACAGAUCAUUACAGAUCGCUUCUGUGUGUGUUUUUUUCUGGGCGGGGCCGUCCUGACCUGGAAGUGACGCGCUCUCUCUCCGCUGUGUUUGGGUUGUGACAGGAGAGGAGAGCUUGUGUGUGUUCUGCUGCCUCCGGGUGACACAGAUGGACCAGUCCUCUCAGUCCUACAUGCUUGCCAACAUUACCCACUUGCACUCAGAACAGCUUCUGCAGGGCCUGAACCUCCUCCGCCAGCACCACGAGCUCUGCGAUAUUGUCCUCCAGGUGGGUGAUGUCAAGAUACACGCCCAUAAAGUGGUGCUCGCCAGCAUCAGCCCUUAUUUUAAAGCCAUGUUUACAGGAAACCUUUUGGAGAAAGAGAAUUCGCAGGUGGAGUUCCAGUGUGUCGACGAGGCCGCCCUCCAGGCCAUCAUAGAGUACGCCUACACCGGAACCGUCUUCAUCUCCCAGGAAACGGUGGAAUCCCUUCUUCCAGCCGCAAACCUCCUGCAGAUCAAGCUCGUGCUGAAGGAAUGCUGUGCGUUCCUGGAGAGCCAGCUUGACGUGGGCAAUUGCAUUGGGAUCUCCCGUUUCGCCGAAACCUACGGCUGCCAUGAACUCUACCUAGCUGCCAACAAGUUCAUUUGUCAGAACUUUGAAGACGUUUGUCAGACGGAAGAAUUUUUCGAGCUGACAAAUUCUGAGCUACACGAAAUCGUUUCCAAUGACUGUCUGAAUGUUGUGAAUGAGGAAAGUGUGUUUUAUGCCCUCGAAGCCUGGAUCAAGUACGACGUGCAGGAGCGCCAGAAGUUCCUCUCGCAGUUGCUCCACUGUGUCCGGUUGCCAUUGCUGAGUGUCAAAUUUCUUACCCGCCUCUAUGAAGCUAACCACCUUAUACGCGAUGACCACACGUGUAAACACUUACUGAACGAAGCUCUGAAAUACCAUUUUAUGCCUGAACAUAGACUUUCCCAUCAGACGGUGCUAAAGACACAGCCGCGCUGUGCUCCUAAAGUGCUAUGUGCGGUGGGAGGGAAAGCUGGACUGUUCAAUUGCCUAGAAAGCAUGGAGAUGUAUUUUCCACAGGACGACUCUUGGAUUGGCCUGGCCCCCCUGGGGUCCCCCCGGUAUGAGUUUGGACUGUGCACUCUUGACCAGAAGGUUUAUGUAGUCGGGGGCAUCGCCACUCACGUGAGACAGGGCAUCAACUACAGGAAGCACGAGAGCUCGGUGGAGUGCUGGGACCCAGUGACCAACACGUGGACGUCUGUGGAGAGAAUGAAUGAGUGCAGGAGCACCCUCGGGGCAGUGGUCUUAGCGGGAGAACUUUAUGCCUUAGGCGGAUACGAUGGACAGUCAUGUUUACAAUCUGUUGAAAAAUAUAUACCGAAGGCGAAAGAAUGGCAGCUGGUCGCUCCCAUGAUUAAAACUAGAAGUUGCUUUGCAGGUGCUGUGCUGGAUGGUAUGAUCUAUGCUAUUGGAGGCUAUGGCCCCGCUCACAUGAACAGUGUGGAACGUUACGACCCGGCAAAAGACUCCUGGGAGAUGGUGGCUCCAAUGGCCGAUAAGAGGAUUAAUUUUGGAGUGGGCGUGAUGCUGGGCUUUAUAUUUGUAGUGGGAGGACACAAUGGAGUGUCCCACCUAUCCAGCAUCGAGAGGUAUGACCCCCAUCAGAAUCAAUGGACAGUCUGUAGACCGAUGACGGAACCCAGGACAGGAGUUGGAGCGUCGGUGAUUGACAACUACCUCUACGUGGCUGGGGGUCACUCAGGGUCAUCCUAUCUCAAUACUGUACAGAAAUAUGACCCUAUUUCAGACACAUGGCUGGACUCGGCUGGUAUGGCGUACUCGCGAUGUAACUUUGGUCUGACAGCCCUUUGAUGAACAUAAAGCACAUUGUGUAAUAAUGUAUUCCUGCAUGAGCGGAUGUCCGAGGCCUCGAUUCCAGGAAAAUGAUCUACGGAAGACGUGGAGAUCCAGGGGAGAUCGUUGUCUGCCUGGUGAAUACGUGCGGCUCACGUGCUCACACUCUUAUAGCCAGUGAUAUUUAUUUUUCCCAAAAUAGCCUACGCUCCAAAGUACCUAUCAACCAUUGCAGUUGUAGUGUGUGGGAAGAAGUCACUGUGUAUCGCUGAUCUUGAAGUUAUAAGUUUACAUUGAGUUACAAAUGGCUUUUAUACCGGUGCUCUCUCCUUUCAUGAAAUACACUUUUCCUCCUAAAAUAAAAGGAAUGUAAAGGGAAAUGUCUGCCUUUGAACACUAUUUUAAGCUAACUAGUUUGCAAAACUACAACUCCCAGCAUGUUAGGAGCGGUACGAUCGCAACAGCUGGUUAGGGAAUAGGCUAGGUAACACUGCUUUAUACAUUUUUAAUAUUAUUAGGAUAUUGUGUUAAAAGUGGACAUUUCCCUUUAAGUUCCCGAGGCACUUUUUGCAAUACAGUCAUUUAAAAUUCCUUUUAAUUUUGGCUGCAACUAGGGUCACGCCACCAAAAAUCACCAUGUAAAUGGGGUCGUAAUGUAUUCUACAAGUAGCUUUGACUUUGCACCAACAGUUGCAAAAAAAAUCUGGGUCCCGAUAGCAGCCAAUUUCGGGUCAUAGUGUGACCACAAUUAUUUACCUUAGGUGUGAAUCUAUUUUAUUUUUAUUUUUUUUGGUCGUGCAACCCCUCUUGAGGCCAAAACUACCGUGUAACCACAUCCUUACCCUUUAUAUCUGUAUCUGGAAAAGCUGGGUGACAACUAAACAUUAAACUUCCCUCUACACUUUUCUGAGCUCCUGAAUGGCAAAUCUGCCAGGUUAUGCAGCAAUAUGGAGCAAAACAAGCAGGUAGGUUUGACAUUCACCUCUAUGGCGACCAUAUUGGUUGUCUACCUGCGUUUACAGAAACAGAUAUAACUAAGGGAACUGGUUUUUAAUGUUUUCAUCUCAGCUUAGACCAAGGAAGGACCCAUGAUUUUUUAAGGGGUUGUCAAGUAUUCUAUAAACAUGUCUGCUUUCUUCCAAAAAAAAGCACACCUGUCCAGUGGUACUUCAGCAGAGUUAACGGGGAAUGCUGGCAAACCUUUUUUAUUUAUCCUUCAUGCCCAGACAGCUGGAAUAAAAAUAAUAAACUUUGACUUAACUUCUGCUGCUGGAAUCUGUCCUCCGGCCCGGUCUUCUUCAGCUUUUGGUACCUGACAUGUCACACUAUGCUCAGCUGAUCAUCUGCAGGAGCAGUGUCCCACCUCAGCCGACCUUCCUGGUACCCGGGCCUGUUACAUCACACUGCUGCUCAGCCAAUCACCGGCUGAGGUGUGACGUGUCGGACACCAAAAGCUUAAGAAAGACCAGGGCCAGAAGACUCCAGGGGGAGCGUCAGAAGGUAAGUCAAAGUUGUUGUUGUUUUUUACUCUGGCAGCCUGGGCAUAUAGGAGAAAUAAAAAUUUGCCCCAAAGUUUUCCUUUUUAAAGGGUUUUACCAUGAUCCACUAUCCACAGCAGACUUAAUAUUUUGUUAGAAUGAAUGAAGUAAAUGUCUGCCUCUAAAAAAUAAUGCAGACAUGAUCUUAUUUCCUUGUUUCUUCCUUCCUUCCUUCCUCAUAUGAAAAAAAAGUGGUGGUCACAUGAUCUGCUUUGAACUCCAUUUCCCAGCAGUCAUUAGUGCAGAUGCUCAUUCUUGUGCUGCAUAGUGAGAGUCAUCCAUAAAGAGAAUGUAAUCUUCAUAAUGGUGAAGUUAUCGCUUCUCCUCACACAACGUACAGUGUUAUAGGAAAUAAUAUCCCCCUUCCCUUAGUGUUACAGACUGGACUAUAGAAGCCAUAGCAGUACAUAAUGUGUAUUUACCUUAUCCUGGCCAAUUAAUAUUCAGCCAAACUCCCUCAUACAUAUUUUGCAUUGAAUGAUGUUCUGUGCGGUCAGUGUAGCAUCUAUAUACUGCAGUUUAUGUAGCUGCAUAUUUAUUGUGUGUAUUACAAAUGACCUCCAUUUACUUAAAUAGGAAUGAGCUGCCAUACCACACACAAACUGAGGACAAGAGUGGUGCUGUUUUUCGGAGAAAGCAGCUCUGUUAUCCUGGAUAACACCUUUUAGGGUCUAUUCACACGUACAAUAUCCUACGCAGAUUUGAGGCCAUGUUUAGUCAUUUAGUUUACAUUGAAAUUUGUGUGGCUUGAAAUCUGCACAGGAUAUUGUACGUGUGAAUACGCCCUUAAACUGUGCGAGAUAUAACUGAUAGACAGAUGCAGUGCUAUUUCUGAAAAAAAAGCAGCCAUGUUCUUCUAAUCAUGGACAACCCCUUUAAAUAUAAUGCUUUAGGGUAUGUUCACAUGUGCGUAUUUUUGCUGUAGAUUUUUUUGCCUAUUGACUUCAAUGGGCAGCAAAAUCUGCUACAGCAGAUCUACAGCCAAAAAAUAGGCACCUGUGAAUGUACCCUAAGUGCUUGUUUACAUGUCUGGAUCCACAGUGUAUUUUACACUGCGGAUUUGCUGACAAUAGACUCUACAGUGUUGCCUCUAUCUGUGCCUGCUCAUAGUGUCAAUCCACCGCUACGAGCAGACACGUGAUGUGCGAGUCGCAGCAUGCGUGUGCAGUAAACUUUCACACAUCACAGCUGCUCUUGGCCUAGCUCAGGGAGCAGACAAGAUGUGUACUAAUAUACUGCGCACGGCGACAUCGCAGCGGGUCUGCUCAUAGCGGUGGAUUUCCGCUAUGAGCAGACACAGAUAGAGGCAACACUGUAGGGUUCGUUGUUAGUAGAGCCGCAGCGUAAAAUAGGCUGUGGAUCUCCUGGUCUGAACGUACCCUAAGGGUCUAUUCACACGUAUAGUAUCCUGUGCAGAUUUGAUGCUGUGUUCAGUCAUUUAGUUUACAUUGAAAUCUGCAGAAUCCAAUCCAGCGCAGGAUACUGUACAGGUGACUACACCCGUAAAGGAGUUUUCCCCAUCAUACAGAUGGGUCCCAGCAGUCGUACACUUAUACCAUAUACUAGCCACUUUAUUUUUAGGAGGAAGUGUCCUAAACAGAUGUAUCAUCCUUUCCGUGUCUUGACAUGACAUGAACGUGUUUUAAUCCAGUUGGAUCUGUCAAGAUAUGGAAUGUUUACUAUACGUUUGAGUGUCUCUUCAAUGUCCGGACUGUGUUAUGUCCUGCAGUGCUGUCUCAACAUGUACGUGUAUGUAUGUAUGUAUGUAUGAAUAUAUAUAUAU